CCGCGGGAAGGGAGCGUGGCAGCCGCCUGCUUCCAAACGCUGGCCUUAGCCCUUGCCUUCCCCCCGCCCGUGGGCUGGCUGCGGGGCGCUGCGGAGAGCCCCCCUCCGCUGGAGCGGGAAGGCUGGGGCGGGCGCGGGAGUUGGCUGCGUGAGUCUCCCAGGACGCAGUUCUUGGAGCAUCUCGGUUCGGCGAGAGAGACACGGACACGCACCCACCCACCCAGAGGCCCCCUCACCCCCGACUGUGCCGGGCGAGGGCAGCGCCGGCUGCUAAGCCCCCGGGGCAGGAAUUGUCCGCUGCGCCUUUAACGGGUGUCGUUACAGCGCAGGGCUUGAGCUGCAAGAAGAAGCCGCCGGCGGCGGCUCCCGGCGCCGCUAGAGGCCGCCGCAGGAAACCAGCGUGGCCGAGACGCCGCGUCUCCCCGGCGCGCGGGGAGCGCUCCAGCCGCGAGGGCGCCCGGGGGCUUGGAGAGCGGCGGCCGCGGGCGGGUGCGGGACUCGCGGCUCGGCGCCGGGCGCCCGGGGAGAUGGCGAAAGCCCCGCGCCCAGCUGAUUCGCGCAGAUUCAGUGGCACUCAGUGGCACAUGCAGAACAUCAUUAAUGACUCUGUGGAGAGCUCAGACGAUGAAUUCUUUGAUGCCCGAGAGGAGGUCGUGGAAGGGAAAAGUGCCAUUCUCAUAGGAAUGAGCCAGUGGAACUCCAAUGACUUGGUAGAGCAGAUCGAAACAAUUGGGAAGCUGGAAGAAAAUCAAGCAGGUGAAGAGUCUGCGGUUUGCUCAUCUGGCUUUCUCCAGGAAAAGCAACGUGAAUUAUAUAGAGCCUCUUUGAGAAAACAAAGAUUCCCUGCACAAGGCAGCAUUGAAAUACAUGAGGACAAUGAGGAAGGAGCUCCGCACAGGAACUGUAAAACUCAUGUCCUUAUUCUUGUCCUACAUGGGGGCAACAUCUUAGAUACAGGAGGAGGGGACCAGAACUGCAAGAUGGCUGACAACACCUUCAGUUCCGUGUUUGAGAAGGUGACCCGAGCCCAUUUCCCUGCUGCACUGGGCCACAUCUUAAUCAGGCUUGUCCACUGCCCAGCCAUCUGUUUGGAGGCUUUCUCUCUUGUUUCCAACCUGAAUCCCUACAGCUAUGAUGAGAACUGCCUCAGCAGUAGUGAAGACCACAUCCCAUUGGCUGCCUUGCCCUUGCUGGCCAUUUCCUCCCCUCAGUACCAAGAUGCAGUUGCCAUGGUGAUUAGCAGAGCCAACCUAGUUUACAAUGAAUUUCUCAAGUCUCCAGAUGGGACUGGUUUUAAUGGACAGGUGUGCCUCAUCGGUGACUGUGUUGGAGGAAUUUUGGGGUUUGAUGCCAUCUGCUACAGUGCUGGCACUGCGGGUGAGAGUCAGAACAGUAGCAGGAGAGGGAGCCUCGGCAGCAUGCAGGAUGAUCCCCUUGUAGCAGAGGAUUCCAGUCUGGGUGGCAACAAACGCCUAAGCAAAAGUAAUAUUGACAUUUCGGGACUCAUGGAGGAUGAGGUGCCCAGGCAACCGUUGCCAAGGAAACAGAGCGACUCGUCCACUUAUGACUGUGAUGCUAUUUCCCAGCACCAUGCUUUUCUGUCGAGUAUCCACGCGAGUGUUAUGAAGAACGAUGCAGACUUUCCUCCUAUGAGCAGAUCCAGUCUCUCGGAAGUAAACCUGGGACGGUUUGAAUUUGAAGUUUCAGAUUUCUUCCUGUUUGGAUCACCGCUUGGUUUAGUACUGGCCAUGAGGAGUACUGUUUUGCCUGGACUGGAUGUUUGCCAGGUCCGUCCAGCUUGCAGCCAAGUGUACAGUUUCUUUCACUCUGCUGAUCCCUCUGCCUCCAGGCUUGAGCCGCUGUUGGAGAAAAAAUUCCAUCGCUUGCCUCCAUUUAAUGUCCCAAGGUACCAGAGAUUUCCACUGGGAGAUGGAAGAUCACACCAGUUAGCUGACACUCUCCACAACCAGAGCGCCCUGCUUCUUGAGAACAUCUCCAGGGUCACACCCUCCUCUCCAGAGACUCCAGAAUCUCCAGACACGCUGAGUCAGUCACAAGGAAGGACAAGGAGGACAAGCUUGGUCAGCAUGAACAGUGAAACCUCCGGGUCGACAGAGAGCUUGCCAUCAACAAACAUCUCCAAUAUUACUGCCAAAUGGUGGGGAACAAAGCGAAUAGAUUAUGCCCUCUACUGCCCAGAUGUUCUAACCGCAUUCCCAACAGUGGCCCUGCCACAUCUCUUCCACGCCAGCUACUGGGAAUCAACUGACGUCGUGGCAUUCAUUUUAAGACAGGUGAUGAGGUAUGAAAAUGUGAAUGUCAAGGAAAAUGACAGCUUGGACCCUGCAACACUAAGUCCCUCCAAUCCACGAGAGAAAUGGCUACGCAAGAGGACACACGUCAAACUCAGAAAUGUAACGGCCAAUCACAGAGCAAACGAUGUCAUUGCAGCCGAAGAUGGUCCUCAGAUACUGGUUGGGCGGUUUAUGUAUGGCCCCCUGGAUAUGGUCGCUUUAACGGGUGAAAAGGUUGAUAUCCUUAUUAUGACUGAACCCUCUUCGGGGAGGUGGGUGUAUUUCGACACAGAGAUCACCAAUAGCAGUGGCAGGAUAUCCUACAACAUACCCAAACAGAAGAGGCUUAGAGUUGGCGUGUAUCCCAUCAAAAUGGUGGUUAGGGGUGACCAGAGCAAUGCAAUGAGUUACCUGACUGUGCUUCCUCCGGGAAUGGAGUGUGUGGUGUUUAGCAUUGAUGGCUCCUUUGCAGCGAGUGUCUCAAUCAUGGGUAGUGACCCCAAAGUUCGAGCUGGGGCAGUCGACGUUGUCCGACACUGGCAGGAUCUGGGAUAUCUGAUCAUCUAUAUCACUGGCCGUCCUGAUAUGCAAAAGCAGAGAGUGGUCUCGUGGUUAUCUCAGCACAACUUUCCUCAAGGGAUGAUUUUCUUCUCAGAUGGGCUUGUUCAUGACCCACUACGACAAAAGACUAUUUUCCUCCGGAAUCUAAUGCAAGAGUGCUACAUCAAAAUUUGUGCUGCGUAUGGCUCAAUGAAGGAUAUUUCUGUGUACAAUGUUUUGGGUCUGUCACCUUCCCAGAUCUACAUAGUUGGACGUCCGACAAAGAAAUACCAGACUCAAUGUCAGUUCCUCAGUGAAGGUUACGCAGCGCACUUAGCCUUGCUGGAGUUCAGUCUCCAUUCACGGCCCAAGAAAAACAACUCCCGGAUGAUCUUGAGGAAAGGAAGCUUUGGCCUGCACUCCCAGCCCGAGUUUCUACGGAAAAGGACUCACCUUCGCAGGACUAUGUCUGUGCAGCAGCCUGACCCACCUUCGUCAAACCCCAAACCAGAGCGUGCCCAGAGCCAGCCUGAAUCCGACAAAGAUCACGACAGGCACCUGCCCCCCAUAGCCUGGGUUCGAGGUGGGGUCCAUAAAUUUGAGUCUGCACCUUAGGAAGCAUUGAGGUAUAAGUCUUGGGUGCCGGCCAAUCAACCUGUAGACAUGGGGUGGGACACAACCAGAGGCUUCCUUGCUCUGGAAUCUGCCUUCUUAAACCAAGUAGGGAACUUUGUUUGUUCCUCUUAACAUACCUAUUAUAAAACUUUAAAUCCCAGAUCUAAAACUAUGGCAAGUGCUUAACAUCAAAACUGCAAAAAUGUCUUAGAAUUUUUUUUUACAAUACACAUUAUAAAAUGUGCAAUAAGAGAAAAGCAGUAACAGGUUGAUUUUACUCAAUGGAAGAUGCUUAAAGGAGUGACAUCAGUUAAUUAGUAGUACCUUAAAAAAAAGCAUAAGCAGGUAAAAUGAGUGAAAGAGAAGGCUUGCGUUUUAAAACCCUAAUGGCUGUAUCAAUUGCUGCUAUACUCCUGAGAAAGUGUUAUACACAGAAGGGAAGUGCAGGUGGAGUGGAAUGUGGAAGGCAAACUCUUUGGGUGCCUUAAGCCCAAGAAAAUUUCCUUUGGCUUAUGGUGUUGAUGAAUGUGCAUCAGCUCAAGUUCUGAUGUAUACAUCUUAUAAGUGAGGUAGCUAGACUUAAUACCCACUGGAGAAAUCUACUUAAAAUUUCAUAAACACUUGAUGUUUAAAAAAAAAAGUCUCUUUACUGAAGUCUGAAGCACUGAUAGUUUUGCUAUAUACAAAGAUUGGUGACUGUACAAAUAUUUGAAUUGCUACAAGCAACAAGAUGGGUUUGACCCUUUCGAUAUAAGACAUGGAUCCUUCUUAGGUAAGCUAAAGAAACCCCUCCUCUGUAGUGUCUCCAGAAUUUUACAAUGGAUGAAAAUGAGUGAUAAAAUCAUCACCUAUUUUAUAUUGGUAAUUUUUCCCUUGCCCCUGCUGUUUAAAGAAACUAUAUGCUAUGAAAUUGUAGAUGCAGUUUCUGGUAACAAAAUCUUACUGCAUUUAAAAUACCCACAUUUAAGCUUCAUAGAAACUAGAUGCUAUGAAAUUGCAGGUGCCAGUUAAAAGUACUCAUUUUCUAAUUAUCGAAAAAUUCCGUUUAGAUGUUCUCAGCUUAGUUAGAAGGAUCUACUAGAGGCAACUGUGUGGGGAAUCACCCUAAAUGUUCACAUUUCAGAGGUAAAUACUGUAGUCAUUUUAGGAUAGAAGCAAAGAGCCAGAUUCUGCAAAUUCUUACUCAGUGAUAACUCCUAUUGAGCUGAAUUCAGUAGAACUACUAAAACUUUUCAGGAUUAGGCCCUAACAUAAGCAUGUUUUCUAAUCUGCAUCAGUGUUGUAAAUGCUCAGGAAAACCACCUCUUUAAGGAUUAAAAACUGGUUUAUGAGCCUGGGAGAGUUUAGAUAAAGUUACCCAUUUUUCAAGUCAUCUCCAUCUUGAAUGCAGGCCAGAUGCAGGCUCAAAUGAGCCUAUUAGUUAUUGAGAUAUAGUAUGUCAUUUCCCCAUAGCAUUCCUUCUACAAUGAGGCAGUAGAGGGAAAACCUAAACCUGCAUUAUUUGAAGAUCCCAAACUGCCAGAGAGGUUCUGAUGGCGGAUUCCUACCCAAGAAAGCAGCAAAUUAGCUCUACCAAUGGAGCACCUUAGGUACAUUUCUGUAUUUUAUUCUGUGGGAGGAAUGCCAAAGUUACCUGCUCUUUUGUAUUACACUUGUAAUCAGUCCACAUGCAAAAAUUUAGCUUCACAUUUCCUGAAAGAGCUAAUAGCAUUUCACAAUAAAAUUGUUUCUCUUAUCCCUGUUAAAUUAAAUUAAACUGGAGUUUUGAGGUUAAAAUUAAGACAUUAAAUGUUUUGCAAGCUCACACUAGUUAGGAUCGGGUACUUAAAGGUAAUUGUUUUAUUUAUGUCCUUUGCUCAGUGUUUCCUUGGUGCCAGGUCAUUUGGAUAUAAAAGCUAAAUGUAAGAUCUCCAAGAGCAACACUUAAUAGUUUUUAGGUUUACAAAUGUCUUUUUAUGAGUAAUAUCACAAGUCCUCUAACACACAGCACUUUAAAUGGUUAAGUGUUCUGUCUUUGCCCUCUGCGUCCCUCUUUUCCACCCUCUGCAACCAGACUGAAAUCACACCGGCUGCAAAGCAGGGCAGGGCAGAAACUAGCUCCCUGCCCUAAACUGACUACUAGUAUCUGCAUGCAUAGCUCCACAGACUUUAGUGGAGUCAUGGCUGCUUAUUCUCAGUGAUGAAUUUGGCUCCCUGUUGCUGCUCUAGGGGAAAGGAAAAGUAAGUAAUGAAGAUGGGUGGUUGGUGCUCAAUCCCCUAUCUGAUGCAUCUCUUCUGACUAACAGGUACCAACAAAAUAAUGCCCUCAGAACAUACAGUAAAAAGCUUGCGCCAGUGCUCUACAUCUGACCACUAAUGGUUUAUAUAUUCACUGCUUUAUUGUCCUUGGAGCAGUUUUAUUUGCUUGAGACUGUGGUGAUUGGCCAAUUGUUUUAGGCUCUCUUCACUGCAAAACUGCGGUGAUGCAGUAUUUUUCAGCUUACCCCAAGUUUAAACGGGUAAGGGAGCAUACGACUUUUCAGAUUUGUCCGUUGAAUUCCUAACUGUCAUCCAAUGGGCAGAGCUAAAGAUGACACGGAUUGUUUAGCUCGAAAUUCCAUUUCUUAAAGCAGCUAUGUGUUAAAGCAUGUACACUGCUGGCGGUUAUUGUGUCUGCUGAGCAAUUCAGAGCUAUUGUUGCUUUAGCUAACGUCUACCUCUAUCAGCCACGAGGCUCCAAAACCAAUUACCCAUUAUAUUUAUCUAAUUCUCCUAUUAUGUACAUUUCUUUCCAGAAUGAGAUCUAGUUGGAAUUGUGUGUUCAUCAUUAAGGGAAAUGAGCCUGAAAGUUCUUACCAUGGUGUUUUUUUAACUUGAAUUUUUGAUUAAUACCUGGGUCUCUUGACUAGAAGCCAUUGUGCUGGCUUCUCCUAACAGUAUAAUAAUUUAAGCAGUGAAAUAAGUGCUAGUCUGUGUACAUGAUUACAAUGUCAGCAUUUUAAAUAUUAUAACAUACAGUGUUAGAAUUCAGAUGAGAAUAAUUUAACUCCCCUACUUGGUUUCAUGAGAUACUGGAACUCAUGUGGCCUUAGAAUAAUUCCAAUAUUGCUCAGGGAUUGAAUGUUUUACCCUCUGCUCACUGGUCCUCCAACUAAGCACCUUUGCAAACAAUCCCACAACAUAGUCAGGUUAGGGGUUAAUAUUUCAUACCAGCUGGAAACUGGUGUUCCAAAAUUUCAAAUUUAAAGCAAUAGGGUUUUUUUCUGCUCUAGAUUAUUAGUCACUAAAAUGGUGUCAUCAUUUCAGUGGGGCUGAGAGUAUCAGUAUGGUAAGAAGAAUGACAUGACAUCUCUGAACUACCUAGGCCUACAAACAAAUUAUGUAAUUGGAAAUUUGGGAACCCAGCUGUAUAUUAAAACUCACACCUAACUUAUGCUGUGUCCAGGUAGCUCUUUUAUGGAUGCUGACCUAGGCCCAGUUAUGUUAAAUUGUCAAUCCCUAUGAUCUCCUAAAGCAUUUGCUUCUUGCCAAAUUGUUCACAUGCCAUGAUUCAUAGGUGCAGACUUUCCUAAUUCAGAGCCCAUGAGUAAAGUGGAAUUUCAAAAUCAAUUUAAGUCUUCACUCAGUUUUGCUUAAACUUUCACCCAGGGGAUUAGCAGUGCUUUUUAAAAUCUCAUUCAUUAGCAGAUUGGGUGUGGGUAUGUACCAUUUGUCCUUGCACACUCAAAACUAUCUUGGUUGUGAAUUAAGACAUCAGUGGAAGUUUUGGAUGCUCACAGAACACAGCUUGAGCACAUAAAUAAUUUCUGCACCUUAGUGCCUCCUGCCUGCUUGAUAUGGAAAAGCACAGUCUUUGGCCCUGGUAAACUGAGGGAGUAAUUGGAAACGUAUUGUAAUAUUUUAGUGAGGAGUCAUAGUAGUCAAACUUAAAUGCACAAGUAAGGUAGGCUGUGACUAGGAACACUUAUUUCUCUGCCAUGUUUAUGGACCCAGUUUAUUACUGUAAAAAAAAAAUCUGAUUAACUAGCAGUGGUGGACUGUUAUCUGAGCUAUUGUGAAAAGACACUGUCAUAGCUGUGGUGUUUGUUGUGCGUGUGUGUAUAUUUACUGACUUCAUAACAACCCUAUGUGAAGUUUUGGUAAAGCUUUCACAGCAAAUUUGUAACCAAUAUGCAUUUUUUACAAUGGCUGUUUGGUCUAUUUUGUUGUCCUGUUAGGUAAGUUUUGGGGGGGGGAAGUAGCAGUGUAAAGAGUGCAGAAUAUUCCACAGACGUGCAUAGUAAUGGUAAUCCAAAUUUGAGUAUGUCACUAAGAAAUGUUCAAGUACAUGUUUGCCUACACUAGUGCUGUCAGAACAAAAAUCUUCUUGCUUGACCAAAGUAUUCUUGUUUAUUCUGUGGCAUGUUUUAUAUCUAUCCAGCAUACUAUUUUGUUAGGUGUGAGAACUACACAGCAUCCACUGUCCCUCUCUCUCUCACUGAGCUGCCAUUUUGAUAUGGUUAGAUGGGAAGAAAAGCAUUAAUUAUGUUCCAUUCUCCACUAAUUAGUGCACCAAGCAGCCUUUUUUUACACUAGAGAGUUUCGACUUUAGAAGAUGGUAUUAGUGAAAGUACAGGGCCCCCCUCCUCUUAUUUGCUACUGCUUUCAAAGUAGCUAGGGCAUAUUUCAGGAGUUGUGGGGAGACAGAACAAGCCAUACACUAAGAAAGCUUAAUUUGUUUCAUUAAAGCAGUAUUAGCCAAGCUGGUGACACUGCUGUUAAACUCUACAUGCGUUCUGUGCCCCAAGAGCGUGAAACAGCCCUUGUACCUGGUCCUAUUGAACACGAUGCCCUGCUUCCACUUUGCAAAAGUUUUGUGCCUAUGCAUCUCUUUAAACAAAUCCAGUUGUUUGCUUUUAAAACCAGAUUAUAUGCAAUUAGCAAGAGCACUUUUCCUUAUAAAUAGAUUCCCAAGUAGAAAAAAGUUUGAGCACAAGACUAAAUAUAAAACUGGUUAAGAACAAGAUUUCCCUGUAGUACAGCACUAAAAGCAAAACUUUUUCCCCUCUAUCCAAACCAUAAGAAAGUAAGUUGACUGACACCUAUAAAAGCAACUUGCUGCUAUUGUGUUUAGUAAUAGAGGUAAAGAAAAGUGUUUACAUUAUGUAGGAUCAUCUCCUCUGCUGGCUUUUUCCUAUUUAAGGCACGGGAAACUCUGAAUAUGGAGUCACAGAAUUUCCAUUUAGGUAGUGGAGAAAUUAGGCAUGUGGCCUCUUUUCACCCUGCCACCUAAUGUGUCUGAUCUCACUGUCCCUGGAAGUAUAGCUGUUCCAUGGGAGAUUGGAGGGUGGGAGUGAGUUCUAAAUACAGACUAGGAUGAGUAUGGUAACUAACUUACUCAUUUCCCAGGCUACACAGAGCAGCCAGCGAUCCUGCUUGUGGAAGGGAGCUCGGGGGGGGGGGGGGUUAGGUGUGUUGUCAUUUUAACCCUAACACUCCCCUUUUGGCUCAAAUCCAUGGGAAGGGGAUGAUGAUCUGGCCUGUAAUUAUUCCUUUAAAACUGGGGCUGCUUUUGGGAAGGGUGAAAAAAAUUUGAGUUAGCCUCUCCUUACCCAGAAAAGCACUGGGCCAGUAGUCAAGAUCUCAGAGCAUAUUGACUGCUAAGUACAGGCAGGUUUACAUGUAGAAUGGAACACUAAAAAGGAAAAUGGCAAGUUCUAAAUAUUGAAAGAUACUUCUGGGUCUAGAAGGAUCAGGAAUGGCAGUCUCAUAGCAGAACCCUAACCCCAACCCCUACUUAUUUUUCUAUUUAUGUGGGAAAACAAAAUGUCUACUGAUAACAAUCCCUGUAAGGAGACUUGAAAUUGUACAUGGUCUUUGAGUCUACAGUUUUACGAAGUGUAUACUUUUAAAUAGUGUGUCAGUGGGAAGGUUCUAUCUAUGGUGACAAAUGUUUAUAUUUCUUAUGGCUGCCUUGUAAAAAUUUAAAAAAAUGUACAAUAAUGAAUUUCUUAAAAUAUUAUGAACUAAGGAGUAAGAUUUUUACAAUUGGUCUAGAUUUUGAUGUGAGCUGGUUUUUAAAAAUCUUAUAAAAAGCUAGUCACUUAAAUAAAAACCUUCUUUGCCUUUAA